GGGAGAAUUGUUUGGGAGCUCAGUCAUCCAAAAACGGCCUUUCAACGUGAGAACUUGGGGAGCCGAAGAAAAUGUCGGUGGCAUCGCAGUAAAUUACUAAAAGCAAAAGCCAGGCUUCAGAGGGAAAAGACGAGUUUUUAAAAGAAAGAGAGAGAGAGGAAGAAAGAAGACGACGUGGUUUCGGAGGAGUAAAACUCAGGAGGAGCAGCGGGGAGAAGAUAGUUUGGUUCCAGCGCGGUGUGAAGCACCAAGAAGAGCAGAUUCGGGGGCAGUGUAUGGAAGAUGUCUGGAAAGCGGGACUGGACUCCGUGGAUGAAAAAGAGAAGGGCUCCAGUGUUGUGCGCUCUGGGUGCACUGCUGCUGUGCUGCCUGCAGAGCGGCGCCACACUCUCCUCUGACGAGAUCCCACUGUUCACCGAAGAGCCUUUGUCCACGGUGCAGAAGCUAGGAGGCAGCGUGAGCCUGCGAUGCAGCGCCCGGCCCGCUUCCGCCAACAUCAGCUGGCGCCUCAACGGCCAGGAGCUGCUGGAUGGAGACCUGGGCGUCGUCCUGAGGCCCAACAGCCUUUUCAUCUCCAACCUCUCCAACCUGACCGUGGGCAGAUACCAGUGUGUGGCCAGCACCGGCGCUGGAGCUCUGGCCAGCGUGCCCGCGAACGUCACCGCCGCCAAGCUGCGGGACUUCGAGGACGACGACCAGCAGGAGAUCGAAGUCGACGAGGGCAACACGGCUGUCAUUGAGUGUCACCUCCCCGAGAGCCAGCCCAAAGCUCAGGUCCGCUACAGCGUGAAGCAGGAAUGGCUGGAAACGUCCAAAGGAAACUACCUCAUCAUGCCAUCAGGAAACCUGCAGAUAGCCAACGCCACGCAGGACGACGAGGGGCCGUACAAGUGCGCCGCCUACAACCCAAUCACUCAGGAGGUCAAGACCUCCACCUCCACGGAUCGCCUGCGUAUUCGCCGCUCCACCGCCGAGGCGGCUCGAAUCAUUUACCCUCCGGCUCCCCGCUCCAUCAUGGUGACCAAAGGCCAGCGGCUGGUGCUGGAGUGCGUGGCGAGCGGCAUCCCCACCCCGCAGGUCACCUGGGAGAAGGACGGGCGGGACUUGCGUUCCCAUAACAACACGCGCUACCUGCUCAGCAAUCUGCUGAUCGACGCCGUGGCCGAGGGAGACUCGGGAACUUACGUCUGCCAGGCAGACAACGGCAUCAACUCGCCGAGCGGCGCCACCGUGCUCUACGACGUACAAGUGUUCGAGCCUCCUCAGGUCACGGUGGAGCUGCAGCAGCAGGAGGUCGAGUACGGACAGACGGUGCGCAUCAGCUGCCAGGCGCGGGGGAAGCCCACGCCCUCGGUGAUCUGGCUCCACAACGCCCGGCCCCUGGCCCCGUCCCCCCGCCACCGCCUCUCCUCCCGCAUGCUGCGCGUCUCCAGCGUGGGCCCUCAGGACGACGGACUGUACCAGUGCAUGGCCGAGAACGGGGUGGGCAGCUCGCAGGCGUCCACUCGCCUCAUCACAGUGUCAACAGGCAUUACAUCCCGGGUUAAGUUCCCUUCCGUCUAUCGACCAGUGAGCCCAGAUAAGGUGCUCAGAGAGCAGCCGCCCAUCAGGCCCGGGGUCGCGGGGGCCAUGCUGCCCCUGGACUGCUCAGAGCUGCCCGGGCAGAUCUUGCCCGCAGAAGCCCCCAUCAUCCUCAGCCAGCCGCGCACAGGCAAGGCCGACUACUACGAACUCACCUGGAGGCCGCGGCACGAGCGAGGAUCUCCUGUCCUGGAGUAUAUGAUCAAAUACAGAAAGGUGGGGGACCCUCUUGCAGAGUGGACCUCCAGCAGUAUCUCAGGCUCCCUCCAUAAGCUGACUCUGGCCAAACUGCAGCCAGACAGCCUUUAUGAGGUGGAGAUGGCUGCUCGGAACUGUGCAGGUUUAGGGCAACCCGCCAUGAUGACCUUCCGGACUGGAAAAGGUCGUAAAGGUCUGGCAGGGCAAAACGAUCCACCAAAGACUCCAGCCGUCCCUUCGCCCAGCCUCUCCCCUCCCGAAGCCCCGGACAAGCCCACCGUCUCCACGGCGACGGAAACGUCCGCCUACGUGACGUGGAUCCCUCGCGGCAACCGCGGCUUCCCCAUCCAGUCGUUUCGGGUGGAGUACAAGAAAGUGAAGAAGGCCGGCGAGGACUGGGUGCCGGCGGUGGAGAACAUCCCCCCGUCGCGCCUCUCAGUGGAGAUCACAGGCCUGGAGAAAGGAACGUCCUACAAGUUCCGCGUGGUGGCGGUGAACGUGAUCGGCUCCAGCCCUCCCAGCGCUCCUUCCAAGGCGUACACAGUGGUGGGCGGGCGAACGCACGAGCGCCCCGUUGACGGGCCCUACAUCACGUACAACGAGGCCAUCAACGAGACCACCAUCAUUCUCAAAUGGACGUACGCCCCUGUAAACAACACGCCCAUCUACGGCUUCUACAUCUACUACCGGCCGACGGACAGCGAUAACGACAGCGACUACAAGAAGGAUGUGGUGGAAGGAGACAGAUACUGGCACUCAAUCACCGACCUGCAGCCGGAGACGGCAUACGACAUCAAGAUGCAGAGCUUCAACGAGAAGGGGGAGAGCGAGUUCGGCAACGUGGUCAUCCUCGAAACGAAAGCUCGUCCUAAUCAACAGCGGCCCGUUCCAUCAGAGAAUCCGGAGAUGGGCCACGGCCAUCCGGAGAUGGGCCACGAACGCCCCGGCGGACAUGUGCCCCGGCCCGGGGACCUCCCCUACCUCAUAGUCGGUAUCAUCCUGGGAGCCUUCGUCUUCAUCAUCGUGGCCUUCAUUCCUUUCUGCCUCUGGAGGGCUUGGGCGAAGCAGAAGCAAACGUCAGAUCUGUGCUUCACCGCCGUGGCCGCUCCCGUCUCCUCCUGCCAGUACACCAUGGUCCCUCUGCAGGGGCUCGCUCUGGUGGGACACUGUCCGCUGGACCCUCACAUGACCGCUCCGCAUGGCAUCUACCCGGCUAAUGGAGAAUACACUCCCAACGGCAAACACCACCACUCCAAACACUACCUGCCAGGCCCGCAGCAGGACGAGGUGGAUUGUGACAUGGAGUGUGAUACACUGCUGCCACAGCAGGUGUCAAAUGGGAGUCUGCCUGUUUACCACUAUGACAGUGACCCUGAUCCACACCAACAGGCCUGCUGCUCUCCAGACGACUCCACCCAGGUUCUCCAACCUUCCCAUCUGCUCCUCAGUUCCCAGGAUGUGGGAGGUGGAGACGAACCCGAGGACCUCACCCAGAAGCCGACGUCUCUCCCUCUUCUCUCUCUGGAGGACAUAGGGAACUUCACCACCUCAUCGUCAACGGCCACAACCCCACAGUCCCAGGACACAACACUACAGGAUGUCAACACUCUCCUAAAUGAAGCGUCCACAGAGGACGAGGGGACGGCCAGCGGCACCACAGAUGCAUGACAGACUGUUUUAUAAAAAAGAAGAAAAACCAGAGAAAAUAUUUAUUUUUGUAUCACAGAUAUUUAUAUAUUUAUGCUUUUGUACAUAAAUGUCUGAUUAUACUGUAUAUAAGGUUAUUUUCAUGCUGAAAAAAAGACGUUUUAUCUCCUCACGCCAUGUCACGUUGUGAUGCCAGACUGUCUGCCUUUCUCGGGGAGGAACAGAAGCUCGAGACUAUUCCUCUUGUGAAGAAGAUUCGGGGGACCUUCACCCUGCAGUUCAGCACUUCCUGUCUCGACGCGCCCCGCCCCUCACGCCAUUCCUCCGCCCUCCACCCUGAAUGCUUGGACGUUAGGCGCUUAGCUUUAUGUGAAACAGAAACAAAGGGACCAUUUGAACCAGUCCGAUCCUUUUUCAGGUGCUUCCUCGCCGAUUAGCUCUCCUCACGUUCCCAAGAUCCAUCUGUCAUUUUGUAUAGCAGUAACACAAAUGUAUAAUGCAUCGUUCAUCAUUAACAAACUAUUAACAAAGUGUAUGCAACAUAAAUCAUUGUUUCGGUAGAGAACAAGAGAUUAUAUAUUGUAUAGUUAUUUAUUUUUGUGAUUUUAUGACUUUUUUUUUUUAAAUCACUGAAUGGGAGAGAUUCUGGAAAGUGUCUUUAACUCAAAUCAUUGAUAAGCUCAACUUGACAUUGCAACCACUUCUGUGUUUACUCAUAUGCUGGUUACCAAAUGACUGCCAGGUGGGGGCGCUGUGACAGGUGUGUCAGUAUUACUCCUCCCUCACCGGUCGGUCCAUAUAAGUAUUAGUCUUUUGACGGAGACAUCUGCAAUCAAAAUGAAGGAGAUCCUCAAUCUACACUCCCUUUUUUACAGGUGCAGCUGUUCGGUGGUUGCACACGCUGGAGCACUAUUUGCAUGUAAAUAAAAGCUUAUGAAAUUGA